AUGAGUCCACAUGAUGGCUCUGCAGAUUCGCACUUUGUUUUGGUUCCUAAAGUGAUAAAUGGUGGAAUUGCCGGAAUCGUCGGUGUGACGUGUGUUUUUCCAAUAGAUCUUGUUAAAACAAGAUUGCAAAAUCAGCAAGAAGGAAGCAAAUUAUACAAAAAUGUCUUGGACUGUGCCAAGAAAACCUACCGCGCUGAAGGAUUUUUCGGCAUGUACAGGGGGAGUGGUGUUAACCUUCUCUUGAUUACACCAGAGAAAGCAAUAAAGCUAGUUGGCAAUGAUUUCUUCCGCUAUCACUUGAAAAGUGAAGGAAAGCCUUUAACUCCAAUUCGUGAAAUGCUUGCUGGAGCCGGUGCAGGAUCUUGUCAAAUUAUUAUAACUACUCCGAUGGAAUUAUUAAAAAUACAAUUACAAGACGCUGGUCGAACUUCAGCACCUGUAACUAGCUUCAAUAGUAGUGGUGCUGGCGGCGUCUGUGUGGAAACGCGUUUGUCUGCUACCCAGCUUGCUAUCAAACUAAUUCGUGAAAAAGGCAUAUUCGGUCUUUAUCGUGGAAUGGGUGCUACAUUUUUGCGAGAUGUGUCAUUUUCAAUGAUAUAUUUCCCAUUGUUUGCAAAUAUCAAUGCUCUGGGUCCCCGAAGAUCUUCAGAAAGCGUAGAGGCUGUUUUCUACUGGUCAUUUCUGUCAGGAUUUGUAGCUGGGACAAUUGCAGCAUUCAGUGUAACACCAUUAGACGUGGUAAAAACACGACUGCAAACAAUCAAACAUGUUGAAGGAGAAAAGGUUUUCAAAGGUAUUCCAGAUUGUUUUAUGCAAACACUGCGUAAUGAAGGCGUACGCGCAUUAUAUAAAGGUGCUGGUUGCCGUGUUAUGGUUAUGGCUCCGUUGUUUGGUAUAGCACAAACCGUUUAUUAUCUUGGUGUUGCUGAACGUCUUUUAGGUUAUCCUAGGUAUUAA